AUGAUGCGAAUCAUGGAAAAUAAUUUCAAUCUAUCUCAAAAGCAAUUGGAGGCUGAAGCACAAAAAGACAAACAGCGACAGAAUGAACAGAAAUAUAAGGACAAGAUAAACAGAGACAUAUACAACACAAUGGUAGGAAAUCCUAUUUUGUCAGAUGAUGCAUCUUCUCUGCCGCUUAUACAGUACAUUGAUCCACCCCUGCCACCUAAACCGGAUUUUUGUGGCCAACCAAUCAACGAUACGCGCAAGGUAUCGCAUAUGACAAGGAAGGCUUUCGAAAUUGUAGACCCCGUGGCACCUUAUCCCAUCUCUGAAAUUAAAACCUAUCGCAUGCCGCCGUCUCCCAAAACUGAGAAACAAGAAAUUGACCUCCACAUCGACGUCACCAAGCGCAUUGUUCAUGACCCCGUGUACGAUUGGGAUUUCGAUGAUGACUCGACGCAUAUUAGGAAUGAGACAGUGCCCGUACCUGCGGAUACGUACAUACCUAAAAUCUCAUUAAAUCUUCCGCCUCCAGAAGCGAAGCAGUCUGUGCCUCCCAUAGAGAAGCCAAAGAUAAAUACAGUCGAAUUCGAAGACACAUGCCCUGUUCCUUGGCUCACGCAGAAACCUACGCAUGACGCUGCCGAUAUCCCCGAGACAGAGCUGUUCCCCUCCGAGGCGCCGCGCACGGUCAGGGAGAUGCUCACUUGGAUCGCCGGAUUGCAGAACCCAAAGCACCAAGAGACUUUGGAAAAGUGCAUUCAUAACGCUUUCAAGCGCGACGAUGUCUCUGCCAUCCUCCCACUCCCAGUUAACGGUGCUGAAAUUACUCCUCAACAUGUCAUCGACACCAUUAAGUUUGCCGCCAUGUUUGCAGCCUCAGUGCUCUCCGCCAUUGAGCCCAAGUGGAGGAUGGCGGUGCCGUCUUUAACUUCAGCGUCUAAGGACUCAGACCAAUCCAAGGACGCUGAUUGCUGUGCCCUCCUCUGCCAGCUGCGGGACUGCGUCUACGCCUGCUGCCACCAGUUGGAGUUCCUAAGGUCGCAGUGUAAUCGGGACACCAAGCACGGUGGUUGGAAGGGUUGUCAAUAUGGCAAUAAUGUCUCCCUCGACUCCCCCCUCCAGGCCUUCCUGACCGACGCCGCAGACUCCAAGUUCGACACUCACCUCUUCGACCCGUGCAGCAUCUGCCUCAAGAGCCGGGUCAACAUGGGGUUCAAGAGGGAGGAUUUGCCGAAGGAUCAGCAAACUGGCAACAUACUCAACGACAUCCUCUCUCCCAACAAGUGGAUCGUAAAAACUACGAAAGACAUUGAAGCCGCACAGAAUUUAGUCCAGAAGAUUUUGGAUGAAGUGAAUGGGAAUCCACCGGCGAGCAACAAAAAUGAGCUUGACAAGGCGAUUGAAACUGUUGAGACCAGGUUGCAAGAGAGAGCUGCGGACUUGACAAAAUGGAAGGAUGCGGCGGAAAAAGUGCUCCAAGGAACGAUUACGAAUUCUGAAACGGUGAAGGGAAAGUUGGAUCAUAGUAAGAAAGAACACCCUGGUGCUACAGAGAUUGGCAAAGGUAUUAAGAAAAUUGAGGAUGCCAAACAAAAAGUUACGGAUGUCAAUGCUGGGCUUCAAACUGUUCACAGCAAUUUGCAGACUUGGAAUACCACGGCAGGUAAAGUGCUUGGCAAAGUGGUUAGUAAAGCGCAGGGCGUGCAUAAAAGGUUGGAUCCAGAUGGUUCAGGUACUCUAGGCCAAAAAAUUAAGACUAUUGGAAACGCUAAAAAUGAACUUGACAGGGCAAAUCAGACGCUCGAGACACAAGUUAAGGCUUUGGACACUUGGAUCACCGAGGCUGAGAAAAUCCGUCACGCUGCAGAGGAAAAGGCCAAGGAAGCCUACGACAAGUUGAAGGUUAAUCAGACUCUGGAUGAGAAUGUGAAGAAAAUUGUUAAAGCCAAUAAGACAAUUAAAGAAGUUAAUAAGAGCCUUGAAAACCAUCUUGGGAGUUUGAAUAGUUGGAAUCAGCAGGCCAGGGAUGUGCUUACCGGGGCGAUUCAAAAGGCCAAUGAGGUAUAUGAGAAGUUGGAAGAUAAGAAUGGUGACGCAGUAAAAUAUCCUGUUGGUCAUCAAAUUGAAGCUAUCAACAAAGCUAGCAAGGAAAUUCAGACUGCAAAUACACAGCUUGGCACCGAAGUUCAGCAUUUAAGUAGUUGGAACACCGCCGCCCAGAGUGUUAUUGAGAAGGCGGAGCAGAAGUGUGGUGAAAUCUUGGAGAAAGUUAAACAAAGUGGGCCUGAAGGUGUGAUUUUCACGCAAGCUCAAACUUUAAAAGAGAAGGGUACAAGACUUUUGGAGGCUGCGAAGGAUGCCAAGUUGGCUGUUGAGGCUCAAGUAAAAUCAGCGUUGAAGGCUGUAGUGUUAAUGGACGAAAGUCUUAAGAAGGAUUUGAGGAGUGUUAAGGAGAAGAUUAAGGAAGGGAUUACGGAAGUGAUUACGAGUUUGGAAGUUAAUAAGUUGGAUCAGAAAGUGAUAAGAGAUUUGGGGAGUUUGAAGGAGAAGAUUGAGAGGCUUAAGAACGAGAUGGAGAGUAGUCUUAUUAAAGCUGAGUUGGAGGCGCUUCAGGGGGCGAGGAGUACGCUGGAUGGUGUUGCUGGUACUCAGGGCACAAUUAAGAAGCUGACGGAUGGGCUUGAAACUAAGUUUAAGAGUGUCAUCAGUGAUCCGCUUGACGAGAAAGUUGAUGCUGUUGACACGGCGAUUGGGAAGCUUGGCGGGAAGUUUGGUGGCACUGAUAAGAUUCAUGGGAUUUUCGGGCAUAUUAAAGAUAAGGUUGGGGAGAUUAAGGGGAGUACGAACGGAAAAGGUUCAGGGCUAGAAGGCAUAGUGAAGAGAGUGAAAGAUCUCGCUAACGCGUUUGUUAAUAGUGGGUACGGGAAAGGGUUUAAUGCUAGAGUGGGCGGUUGGCUGGAAGGUGUAAUAGGGAAUGGGAAGGAUAAGAAAGGCUUGCAAUCCGUGACGUCUUGGUUUGAACAGUAUCAGAAUGUGGUUACAAAGCACAAGUAUAAGGAAAGCGAUCUGAAAGAUCAAGUUAAGAAUAAAAUUAUGCUACACAGAGAAAUCUCACAAGCCAUUGCCGCAGCUCAGGGUCAGAUUAUAGAAGUAAAGAAUGAUCCCAACAGCAUCACGCAAAAUCUGAAAGCAAUCGUAAGCGCUUGUGAGGAAUUUGUCAAGGAGCUCGAUAAGAAGAUUACGAGGGGUACAAUUAGUGGCCUUGCUGAUCCCAUAGCGGGGGGGAUUCGCGGUUGGAUGAAUGGGCAGAGUCUUUGGCAGCGUAGCUUAAACGAAGACGAUCUCAAGUGCGCCGUCCGCUACAGCCUCAUUGCGCUCUGCGCCGGCGUCAAGCAGGUAUCCACGGAAAUAAAUUCACUAGGUACCGACAAGUUUGGCAAAAUCCUGGACGAUAUAAAGCCGAAAGUUGAUGGGCUUCACACGGCGCUUGACGAGGCGACAAAACCCGGCAAGUCACCUCCCGGCCAACCCGGAAGCCCCGCCCAGGCCGUGGACAGCAAGUUGGGGGAAGUGAAGAAUGAGGUUAAUAACAAUAUUGUCACCAAGUUUAGAGAAAACGUCAUAAAAGAACUUAAAGAAGCAGUCCGCGGACUUCCCGGCGCCGUUCAGGAGUUCGACCGCCAAGCUCAAACUCAGAUCAAGGAAGCGGCCAGGACGUAUUUAUCAAAGGCCUUGAGUGAUUGA